AUGCCGGUCAAGAUGUUCGUCUUUCUGUACCGCAGCCCUCAUCUGACACCGGAAGAAUUCAAGAAGCGCUACGAAGCGCACAUCAAACUGGUCAAGAAGCUAGCAGGCGCAGAUUUCCCUCUUUCUCAUCAUCGAAAUUAUAUCUCCCGCAGUACAAUUGAGAUUCCCCCAGAUGGCUCCACCACACGCAACGCCUUUACCCCGGCUACUAUAUUGCGCGGGAGACAGGCAGACUUUGACUUUGACGCCUACGCCGAACUCACGUUCGCGAAUCAGGCUGCUUAUCAGGCCUUUGCGGCCAAGAUAUAUGCUCCGGAUGCCGCUGCUCAGAUGACUGCUGAUGAGGAUAAGUUUCUGGAUCGGCUGAAGAUGGGAAUCGCCUUGGUGGGGGAGGUGAGGGUUACUGUGAAAUGA